CCAUCAUAUCUACCACCCGUCACGCAAGAUCCCCCCUCGACAAAGCAACCCGCCAGCUUCCCCAACAUGUGCAGAGUACGCAGAGAACACUUGGACUGCACCCACACCGUCGACAACCACGAGUACUGCGCCAACAGAAAAGUCAACCCCGAGACCGGCAAGUACUCUCCCUGCCGCACCAUGAAGGACCGAGACGUCACCAACGUCUACAACGUCCCGGGACACUGCGGGGGAUGCUGCUGGUACACGGCGGCGGUCCGCAAGGGCUGGCAGUGCCACAUGUGCCACUUUGGCAACAACAACGGCGAGUGGUGCAAGAGCCCCGGCUGCACCCACCGUUGCUGCUACCAGUGCAAGCUGGGCGGUCUGCUGUGCUGCCUCUGCGGCGUCUACGUCGAGCGUGGCCUGGCGUGCCCUCGGUGCAGGCACCGGUCUUGCAGCAGGUGCACCACUACCAUUUAUUCGUGA